CGUUCAUUUCAAUUUGCGAUCGCUAGGAGGAAGGUGAAUUUAAUAGCCGCUGUUAAAUUUUCAGGUUCUGUUAAUAAAAUGGCCAAAUACACGAUUGUUAUGGUUCGUCACGGAGAAAGCGAGUGGAAUCAGAAAAAUUUGUUUUGUGGAUGGUUUGACGCAAAUUUAAGCCCGAAAGGAGAAGAGGAGGCUGCAGCUGCUGGUGUUGCAUUAAAGAAUGCCAAUUUUAAGUUUGACAUUGCCCACACAUCUGUGUUGACCCGAGCACAAAAGACAUUGGCUGCAGCCCUUAAAGGUAUUGGCCAAGAAGACAUCCCCAUUGAGAAGACCUGGCGUCUUAAUGAGCGACAUUACGGAGGUCUGACCGGACUGAACAAGGCUGAAACUGCAGCUAAAUAUGGAGAGGAUCAGGUGCAAAUUUGGCGGCGGAGCUACGAUGUGCCACCGCCCGCCAUGGAGAAGGAUCACCAAUACUAUGAUACCAUAGUGAAUGACCCGAGAUACGCCCAGGGCCCACCCAAGGAUCAGUUCCCCAUGUUUGAGUCACUGAAGUUGACUAUCGAGAGAACCUUGCCAUACUGGAAUGAUGUCAUCAUUCCUCAACUUAAAGCGGGCAAAAAAAUUCUCAUUGCAGCCCAUGGAAACAGUCUGCGUGGGAUCGUCAAGCAUUUAGACAAUAUGUCAGAAGAAGCCAUUAUGGGCCUUAACCUUCCAACUGGAAUUCCAUUUGUGUACGAGUUGGAUGAAAAUUUCAAACCAGUUGUUUCCAUGAAAUUCCUUGGAGAUGAAGAGACUGUAAAGAAGGCUAUGGAGGCUGUUGCUGCUCAAGGAAAAGCCAAGUGAACAAGGCGCCAAUCAUUGCCAUAUUUUGCCCUGAAAACGUUAAUAAAAUGUUAAUAUUAUUACUCCUCCAUUAAAAUUAUUUAUUUAAAUUUGUUUUAGGUCAAUGUAAAAUUAACUUUAAUUGGUUUUGUACCCAAAGAUAUAUUGUCUAAUAUCAAAUUGUUAUCUUGUUUUAGAAUUUAAUAUGCGAUAGUAAGUAGGUAAAUUACUACCUGUUGAGGUAAAGUUUUUUUUUUGAAUACAUGACAGGUUUGUGUGGAUCCAUUGUUAUUAUUUAUUGUGUCUGAGUGUAUAUUGUAUUUUGUUAUGAAAUGACCUUGACAUGUCAGUAAACUGUAGCUAAGAGGUGUUCCAGUAACAUUAACAAUAAUAUCAUUUCACAAAUAAAGUGCUAAACUUAGUACAAAUAGAA